UUUAUCCUUUUUUUGAUUUACUAUUUUUUUUUUCUGUCUCUACUUCUUUUCUUAUUUUUUUUUAUUCACUUAAAUUUUCACGCAACACCCCCUUGGUGCCAUCCUCUUCAGGUGGCCCACCAUUUCAACCGUGGGAAACAAAAGUUAUCUUCACUUGCAUCUUCGUCACCUAUACCUUAUCUCCUUUGGCGGCUGUCAUUCCUCUGGACCUGAAACCUAUUUUUGUCUCCCACUACUCCUGCACUCUACUUUCCUCAUCCCUCUUAUACAACUGCCAUGGAGACCGUUCACGACCAGACCCGGCCCAACUACAUGCCGGCGUCUCGCCAAAGCCGCAUGGCCAUUGAUUCUCUAUUGAAUCCAUCGGCAGAGCGAGAAACCGCCCACUCUCGAUUGCAAUACGGCCAUCCUGGACCCCAGCUGUCGCCCCCGCUAUACCCUCCCAGUCCCAACCAAUACUUCUAUUCUCCUUAUUCAGACGGCCACCAUCCCUACGCCGAGAGUUCUGCAUCAUCCCAGGAUGCGGCAUUCUUGCCCUACCGGCCCCGAUCCGCAGAGUCCUCGCCCGGCGCAUACUCGCGGGAGCGAUAUGACUCUGUGUCUAGCAGCUCUAGCAAUGCAGCAGAGCGGCGACGGCCUCCUCGACCCAAGUAUGAGGAAGAGGAAAUGUACUUCAUCUGGUACCACCGAGUGGAUCUCUGCCAGGAGUGGAAAGAAGUGCGCGAAAGCUUCAACCAGCAAUUCCCCGACCGGCAGCGCCGGGGCUUCCAGGGGAUCCAAUGCAAAUUCUACCGGUUUAUCAAAGAAAAGAAAUGCCCAACCCUGCGGGAACAGCGGCGCCUGCGGGACGGCGACUUCCUUCGUGAGGGAGCGGGUAUAGCCGACUCUGGUCCGCGAUUCGGUGUCGUGGAUUGGGUCGGGAUCUGGUACCCAUGGAUGCGCGAAAGCAAAGAAGAAGUGCUCAGCAGACGGAUACCUCGGUGAUCGCCGAAUGCUUUUGAUUCUUUGAAAAUUCUCUAAUACUGAGCACUACUCAGUCACGGCCGUCCUAAGAUACCUCUUUGUUUAAUUUUUGUUUCUUACUCUUUUCUUUUGUUCUCUUGCCUGUGGUCACAUUUCACUCGUUGCGUUGGGAACCUUUCAGCACGUUAUUUACAUGUUUUACUUGGGAGGCUCUCUGAAUCAUUUGCUUGCAUAGCAUGCAUUACAUACACUCACAUUGACACUCACAUACCUGGGUUGGCUGGUUUGGCUACUUUCUCAUCAACUGCGAGGAUACCGGAAAUGGGAAUGGAACUGAAUAGCUGGACAGACAUGGCAUAACCAUGAAUCAAUCAUCAAUCAUCAAUCAAUUCAAUUCACUCAAAGACAAUACAUA